AUGGCCCUUGCCCGCAUCAGCCAUAUCGUGUUUGCCCUCGCUGUCUGUGCCCUGCUGUGCCUCCAGAUUGUGGCUGCACAGGGCACCAUGGAAACGGACAGCAACGGCCUUCCACUUCCCCCAGAUGCUGCCGGUGCUGCUGUGCAGCCGUGGGUGGCGGUGGGCGCCGCCUUCCUUGCGUGCGCUGCGGCGCUGCUUUAA